AUGAGCUCUUUGAAACAACUACAGCAGAAAUCUAUUCGCAAAAAGCAGGUCUACAAGCCCAUUCUGGAUAAUCCUUACACAGAUGAAUCCCAUAAUUGGCCGUACGUGGAAGAGCAACAACUCGUAGCAGAGUUGGUGAAAACACACGUGAUCGAAGUCUUCAAACAUGCUCCUGAGGCCCUGGAAUUAUAUUUUGGAUUCAACUCCGUUGUAGAGUUUUUGCAAGGAGCAUCUUACGACACAACAGCAUUUUUGUUUGUUUGCAAUGCCGAUGCGGUGCCCAGAGUCCUUCUAGCUCAGAUACCAAUUCUAGCUCGCGUCUCGCAGUGCGACGUGGUACUGGUGCCGCUACCGCGCGGGUUCAUAUCGCAGUUUGACGCCUGUACUUCCCAGGAGCACAAUGGGAUGCUAUUAGCAGUUCAAAACGCCGACUUUGACAUGCAAUUUGCUUCGCAAAUACAUCGCCGAGUUGGGCACGUGACACAACAACCUUGGCUAAAGUUUACCGAAUCUCGUAUUGGUGUCCUGGCAUCUGAGAUGACCAUAAAUCGAAAGCCCGCGAAGGGAGACUUGCCAUCAAGCGGGUGCUAA